AGAAGGUGGGCCCAGGGGUUGACAAGCACUUCAGAAGAAACAGAGCAGGGAAAGGUCAGAAAAUGAAGGCACAGAGUCUUUAGAGGAGGAGUCUCUCUUUUAACCUACUGGAACUAUGAAAUCGCUGUCCAAGGCAUCACUCUUGAAGCAGUUCCACCCAUUGCUGUUGUAGGGAAUAACGUUUUUCUAAAUGUCUACGAUUUGGAGAGACCUGACCUCGAUAAAUGGUAUAAGGUAAAAGGAUCUGAAUUGUACAUGAUAUUUUCACGUAUAAAAGAAGGCACAAGUAUUCAUGGGCCUGCAUUCCAACAUAAUAUGGAAGUGUUCUCAAAUUGGUCCUUGCUCAUCAAGAAUGUCAAUAAGGAUGAUGCAGGAAGGUACAAGUUUGUAGCGAAUUAUUUCCGUCGUAGACCUGAAGAAGGUUACGUGGAGUUUCAGGUAUACUAUCCAGUGACUAAACCCUCCAUCCAAGUCAAUAAAACCAUAGGCAAAGACCUGGUCUCUGUGUUCCUGAAGUGCCCGACAAAGGACAUUGAUAACUCCAUUCACUGGUUCUUCAAAGGCCAGAGUCUGAAUAUCACAAAUAGGAUGAGACUGACCCAGAAAAACAGAACCCUUGAAAUAAUCCCUGCCAAGAGGGAGGAUUCUGGGGACUAUCACUGUGGUGUAUCCAAUCCACUUGGUUCCAAAAGAAGUGACCCCAUCCAGCUGGACAUAAUAGAACCAGUGAUUAAGCCCUCCAUCCAAUUCACCAACACCACAGUCAAAGACCUGACCUCUGUAAUCCUGAAGUGCUUGUCAAACGACACUGGGAUCUCAAUCCAUUGGCUCUUCAAAGGCCACAGUCUGAGGAUCACGAAUAGGAUGAAGCUGUCCCCGAACAACAGCACCCUCAAAAUAGUCCCUGCCAGGAGUUCGCAUUCUGGGGACUAUCAAUGUGAAGUAUCCAAUCCAGUCAGUUUCAAGAGGAGUGACCCCAUCCAGGUGGACAUAAUAGAUCCAGUGACUCCACCCUCCAUCCAAGUCACCAACACCACAGUCAAAAAUAUGAUCUCUGUGUUCCUGACCUGCUUGUCAAAUGACACUGGGGUCUCCAUCCAUUGGAUCUUCAAAGGACAGAGUGUGAAUCUCACAGACAGGAUUCAUCUUUCCCACAACAACAGCACCCUCCAAAUAGACUCUGUGAGGAUUGAGGAUUCUGGGUACUAUCAGUGUGAAGUAUCCAAUCCAGUCAGUUCCAAAAGGAGUGACCCCAUCCAGCUGGACAUAAUACAAGAGGACAAGCUGAAGCUGUCUGAGGACAACAGGACUCUCAUUUUACUCAGUGUUGUGAGGACUGACACAGGACCCUAA